AUGGACACGACCACCAGCAUGCCCUUCCUCGUAAACCACCACCCAGGGUCAUUUCAGCCAAAUCCAGGCCCCAUGGUGCAGAUGGGUGGCAUGCGCAUCAGCCCAGUCGCCAGCAUGACGAGCAUGGGCAGCGCGUCGGCCGCCAGCGCAAACAGCCCUGCAAUGGGCCUGCUGCCCGCUCCGAGUCAUCAAUAUCUGCAGCAGCCGCAGCAGCAGCAGCAGCAGCAGCAGCAAGUGCACGACCAAAUGUUCAUGCAGCAACAGCCAGGGCAGCCACCACAGCAGUUCCUGCAUGUGCCAAACCAGCAGUUCAUGGCGCCGUCGCAGCCCUAUCCUCAGCAACACGGCUUUUACGUCGGACAACCAGCACCGGCACUUGCAUCACCACACCAGCAGCCCAUCUACAUGGCGUCGCAAGCACCACCGCAACUACAGCAACCACAACAACAGCAGCAACAGCCAUCGCCGCAACAGCAAAUGCUGCAGCAGCAACAACAGCAAUUCCAGCAACGGCAGCAGAUGCUCAUGCCACCGCAACAGUCCUUGUCACAAACCCAACUGCUUGUGCCAGCAGGCGCACAGUUGCGAACAUUGUCGCCAAACGAGCAGCCAGUUCCCUAUCUGCAGCACCAGCAACAACAGCCGCCGCAACCGCCCAUGAUGCACAACCUCCCCGCAAUGCACGGCCCGUCGAAUGGCUCGUUGGACGACUUGCAUGCACGAAAACUCACCCCAAAUGGCGACGACGACAUGGGGGAUGGUGCGGACGGCGACGACGGGGAAGGCGACGAAGAGGAAGAGGACGACGACGACAUGCAGGGCUCCCAUCGUGUUGGCAGCGGCUAUGUGCGGCACUCUCCAGCCGCGCUGGUGUGGUUGACGACCCACUUUGAGCAGGCGUCGACUGGCAGCGUGGCCCGUGGCAUCAUUUAUGCGAGCUAUGAGGAUCACUGCCGCGAAAACAAGCUGGCGCGUAUCAACGCGGCCACCUUUGGCAAGCUCAUCCGCCAGGUCUUUCCCAAGCUCCGCACUCGGCGGCUGGGGAUGCGCGGGCAGUCAAAGUACCACUACAUUGGCAUGCGCGUCAAGCCAUCUUCUCCGUUGUACGAGCAGCUGAGCGCCCAGCACGAGCAUUUGCAUGCAGUGACGCGAGGCAACCAGCGCGGCGGUGCCAACGCCAUCGCCGCCGACGAUGAUGGCGAUGAUAACGACAGCGGCGAGGGUCCCAACAGCGACCCUCGUCGCUCUGGUAAGAUUACCGUGUGGUCGCUGGAAGGGGAAUCGGACAAGAAGCCGCGCCGUGGUCGCCCACCAAAGUCGCGCGCUGCCGACGCGAAUCCCGCGCCCGAUGCGGCUGGCAUGGGCGGCCCGGUCGAGUAUGGUGCCGCUCCCCAUGCCGGUGGUCACCCGCUACCGCCGCACUUGCAACAGCAGGCGAUGCCUUUCGCUCCCCCUGCAUUCGGCAUGGCGCCGCCACUCCCAUCGCAUCUGGCGCCACCCCCUGGCUACCAACCUGGCUUUUACCCGACACCGAGCUCCCCCAGCACCAUGUACCUGCGUCAACAACAGCAGCAACAGCAACAGCAACAACCGCCGCAACAGCAGCAUCAGCUUGCCCCGCAACCACCGCCCCCUGCCCCAGCACCACUCCCCUACGUGGUGAUUUCGGUGCCUGCGCCGGGCACAGGUGGCUCUUCGGGUGUUGAUCCCUCCACGCAAAUCAACCCAGCCUUCCUCGACAUGCUGCCGCGGUUCACCGCGACGAUCGAUCCCAACGUGUUCCCUGCUGGUUCGGGGGCCGAAGCGAUCGCUUUGCGCGACGAGUUUGUGCACACUCACCGUCAACUUUGCCGUGUUGUAUUCGCGCUGGGUCUGGCGCACCAGUUUGAACUGAUUCCACUUGUCUGGCACACAUUCUGGCACAUUUCUGCGAACGGCGUUGGCCCUGUCGGGCAGCCGUCCAACCCGGCCGUGCAACAGCCCAUCCAGGUGCUGAAUCUGCCCUUCAGCGCCUUCUCGGCCAUUCAAAUCCAGUUUGUUUCUCAUCCAGCCGUGCUGGAGUUCCUGGAGCGAGCAGACCUGGCCAUGUACGACGGACUCACCAGGCAUCUCGUCCCCGAAUUGGUUCGUCCUGUCGAAAACCUGCAGGCUGUGCGCAUGUUUGCCAAGAACAUUGAGGGAUCCAUGCUCGAUGCCCUCGAAUCCUGCGUGCCUCCGCAGGUGGUCGAGGUGCUUGUGCGCGCCUCCUCGACGUUCGCGCGAACCCUUCGUCGACGAACGGCCAUCACGUACCUGGGCCAAGCCGUGCACUCCAUGAUCCAGCAUCCCGAGCAGCUCCAGGCCAUGAAUGCCGCUAUUGCGCGCAUCGAGUUUGACAGCGUCCACGAUCAGGCCGGCUGGGUGACUCGCUGCGAUGAAACCGUCGUUGCACGAUUGGGUGAGCAAUUCCGUCAAAUGCUGCGGAGCAUUUCACGACUGGACGACCUGACGCUUUGGGUGGAGAGUGUUGUGGACGAGCUCGUCAUUUCAAAGUCCCCGAUCUCGCAGCAAUCCGCAUCAUCAUCGCGACCCAAGCACGGGUUUUUCGGCACGGCACUGGCCGUCUCUCCUCCAAUGAACGGCGUCAUGGGCGCUCCUCUGUCUGCCACAUCCGCAUCGUCUUCCAGCAGCAUGUUUACGAGUGUUUUGCAGCCUUCUCCGGCAGCGGCCGCCAACCUUGCCGAGUUUUCGUAUCGCGCCUGCCAGUUUAUUCUGCGAUGGAGCUACUACUCGUCGCUCGUCAUUCGCGAUUUGACUCUCCGCAGCUGCCCGACGUUUGGCUCCUUCCAUCUCGUUCGUUUGCUCGUUGACGAGUACAUUUACUUUUUGCUCGAAACCGAAGUGCAUGCUCGGCUCGGUUUGACCACUGUUCUUCUCGGCCACAUUGCAGUCGUGCCAGAUGAUGGUCAGGUUUCCACCCCAGUCCCGACCAUUGCCCUGACCUCCUUGACCCAUCCUUGGCAAGCGCCGCCGGAUUCUGCGCGCAGCUUUAAUUCUGUUACGAGUGCCGCGACAAUGCACAUGCAGCAGCAGCAACAGUACCAGCAGCAGCAACAACAGCAGCAGCAGCAGCAGCAGCAGCAGCAGCAGCAGCAGCAGCACCAGCAGCAGCAGCACCAGCAGCACCAGCACUACCAACAGCCCCAACAACCCCUGCACCAACAGCAACUCCUACAACAACAACCACAACAGCAACUCCAACAACUCCAACAGCAGCAGCAACAGCAAUACUACAUGCAGCCCUACCAAACCCAGCAACAACCGGUUGCGCCCCCAAUGGCAACAGCGCCACAACCGGCUCGAGAGGAACCUCCGAAGCCCGCGAGGCGCCCGCGUGAAGAUGAGGAUGACGGUGCAGAAGAUUCUGCAACUCCAUCCAGCAGUUCGCAGGCCGGUGAAACGUCAGCGGAAGCUGCUGGGCAGCCCACGCGCGAGACCGAUUCACCGCCGCCUGUCAAGAAGACUCGCCUUGAUGCAGAACAGCACGAGCACAAUCACGAUGAGAGCAAUUCAGAUGUCCCGCUUGCUGCUGCGGACGUACCUCUUGCCGCCGAUGCACCUUCGACGGCACCCAAGAUCAAAGACGAGGCACCCGAGAUCAAAGAAGAGGCACCCUGA